AUGGCAGACAACUUGGUGAAUCAACUACAAAGUUUUAUGCAAUCUGAAAGAGAGGAAGGUGGAAUCUCAAUCAUCGACGAUGAUACUAGCGCAGGAAUUCAAGAAUGCUCUCAGAGCCUCUUUGGUCGAAUAUAUGGUGAGAAGAGGGUCAACUUCACAAGCAUGAGGAACACGCUGCAGACAGUUUGGCAAACUCAGAAGCCAGUUACUGCUAGAGCUCUGGGACAUAACCAUUUCAAAUUCAUAUUCCAAACAGAAGAAGACAAGAAAAGAGUUCUGACCAGUACAUGGUCGUUCGAUGUCCAAUACUUGUUGUUAAAGGAAUGGAACCCAACAGAAGAAGUUGAGGAAAUAGAGAGUAACCCUCCCAAAGGGAGGGAAGUAAGACUUGUGUCCUCUGAGACAGAAGCUAAAAAUCAGGCUUUGACUCAAGGAAACAAGUCUGCUGAGAUUGGAAAAUGUGGGAGUGAGAGUCAUGUUGCUGUCUCCUUAGGAAUAGUAGUCACUAAUAACAUGGAUAGUAGAAAAGAACAGGCUGUAGACUUAAUGUGCUUAGAUAAUUUAGUGCAGGUUCCUGUCUAA